CACUUCUUACGCACAGCCUAUAUGCUUUCUCUCCUCGUUUGAUUCUCUCUCUACUUUUGCCUUCUUAACAACACACAGUACCCCCUUCUUUCUGACAUAAACUCACUAGCUCUCUCUCUCUCUCUCUCUCCGUGUUUUGUUGUGUUGUGUUGUGUUGUGUUGUGUUGGGUUCGUGCUCGUCUGAUUUCACACUAGACAGUCAAUCAAAGGUCAAGUCGCGAUCAACACCACCGUGAUCGCCGCCAUGGAGGGCGGCGACGGUGGAGCCUCUAUAGCAUUGUCGAUUUCCGAGCAGUUUUCGACUCUCUCGGUGGGUUCUGGUGAAGAAUCGAGUGGGGAUGAUCAGAACACGGAGAAAGACCCAAGAAAAAUAGCCAGAAGGUAUCAAAUCGAUCUUUGCCAGAAAGCUUUGGAGGAGAACAUUAUUGUGUAUCUGGAAACAGGAUGCGGAAAGACUCACAUUGCUGUGCUGCUUAUGUACGAGAUGCGUCACUUGAUAAAGAAACCCCAGAAGAACAUUUGUGUGUUUCUUGCUCCAACAGUGGCACUGGUUCAACAGCAAGCAAAGGUUAUACAAGACUCCACUGGUUUUAAAGUUGGGAUGUAUUGUGGAAGUUCUAAGCGUUUGAAGUACCAUCAUGAUUGGGAAAAGGAACUGGAAAACUACGAGGUUUUUGUUAUGACCCCUCAGAUACUAUUGCGUAAUUUAAGUCACUGCUUCAUCAGGAUUGAAUCAAUUGCUCUUCUGAUAUUUGAUGAGUGCCAUUAUGCACAACUUGACAGCAAUCAUCCUUAUGCAGAAAUCAUGAAAGUCUUCUACAAAAAUGACGUCACAAAAGUUCCCCGUAUAUUUGGCAUGACUGCAUCUCCAAAGUUAGGGAAAGGUGCUUCCAUCAAUACUCUUGAAACCUUACUUCGUGCUAAGGUUUAUUCUGUUGAGGACAAGGAGGAGUUGGAACAAUUUGUGUCAUCUCCUAUUGUUAAUAUAUAUUAUUAUGGUCCUUCUGUAAUCGGCUCAUCUUGCCCUCAUAUGAUUUAUUACAGCAAACUUGAGGAGAUAAAACGCCAGUGUGUGUCAACACUGAGUGGGAAGACUGAUGAUCAUGGCAGUCUUAAGAGCAUCAAGAAGAUGCUCCAGAGAGAGCACAAUAAUUUGAUAUUUUCUCUUGAAAAUCUUGGCCUUUGGGGAGCAUUUCAGGCUUGUCGCAUCCAUUUGAAGAGUGGUCACUCUGAACGAAACGAAAUGAUAGAGGCAGGAAAUGCUGGUGAUGACUCUUUAUGUAACAGAUAUUUUACUCAGGCUGCUUCGCUCUUUGCUUGUGAUUGCGUGAAAGAUGGCAAUGAAGCUGAUUUAUCUGGUGUGGAGGUUUUAAAGGAGCCGCUUCUCUCAAAAAAGCUUUUACGACUUGUUGGAAUUCUUUCGAAUUUUAGGUUACAACCAAAUAUGAAAUGUAUAGUUUUUGUGAAUAGGAUUGUAAUUGCGAGAGCCUUGUCAUACAUACUUCAGAACCUCAAGUUCCUAUCAUCUUGGAAGUGUGAUUUCCUUGUAGGAGUCCACUCUGGACUGAAGAGUAUGUCUCGAAAAAUUAUGAACACCAUUCUUGAAAAGUUCCGGUCUGGCGAGCUGAAUUUAUUAGUUGCGACUAAGGUGGGUGAGGAAGGACUUGAUAUUCAAACAUGUUGCCUUGUCAUACGGUUUGAUCUUCCAGAAACUGUUGCUAGUUUUAUACAGUCUAGAGGUCGUGCACGCAUGCCACAAUCUGAAUAUGCAUUUUUGGUGGACAGAGGCAAUGAGAGGGAGCGUAACUUAAUUUUGAACUUUAAAAAGGACGAAGACAAAAUGAACGAAGAAAUAGCGUCCAGAAAAUCUAGUGUGACAAUUGUUGAAUUUGAGGAAAGAACCUAUAAAGUAACUUCAACUGGUGCCACCAUCAGUUCUGGAUCUAGUGUCUCAUUACUCCACCAUUACUGUUCUAAACUUCCACAUGAUGAAUAUUUCAACCCCAAGCCGGAGUUCUUCUACUUUGAUGAUGUAGAAGGAACUGUGUGCCACAUAAUUCUACCUUCCAAUGCUCCAAUUCAUCAAAUUGUCAGUUCACCACAAUCGUCAACAGAAGCAGCUAAGAAAGAUGCCUGUUUGAAAGUGUGCAAAGAAUUGCAUGAAUUGGGUGCCUUGACUGACUAUCUCUUGCCGGAUCAUGAUGAUGGAAAUGAGGAAUUGGAGCAAGAAUUUUCCGAUUCAGACAGCUGUGAUGAUGAACCUUCAAGAAGAGAACUACAUGAGAUGCUUGUUCCUGAAGCACUUAAAGAACCAUGGACAGAUCUGGAGAAUCCUGUUUGUCUUAACUCUUAUUUUAUAAAGUUCAGUCCUCAGCCAGCAGAUAGGAGUUAUAAAAACUUUGGUAUUUUUGUGAAAACACCCCUCCCAGGAGAGGCUGAUAGAAUGAAACUUGAUCUCUGUUUGGCUCGUGGCAGAUCAGUGAUGACAGAGCUUAUCCCAUCAGGAGUAUCAAAAUUUGAUAAAGAUGGGAUUCUGCAGGUACAAAAAUUUCAAGAAAUGUUCCUCAAGGUCAUCCUUGACCGAUCAGAGUUCAUUCCUGAAUUUGUUUCUUUAGGGAAAAAUGGUUUUAGUAAUUUGGGCUCAUCUACUUUCUACCUGUUGCUUCCUGUCAUUCUCUAUGGGAACAAAAUGACUGUAGACUGGAAGCUUAUCAGAAGAUGUUUAUCAUCGCCAAUCUUCAGGAAUCCGGAGGAUGCUAGAGACAGUGUCCUCCCUCAUUUGAACGAUCACUUGGAACUUGCUAAUGGGCCCCAUCACAUAGAUGAUGUCAUAAAUAGUUUGGUAUAUGCUCCAUGUAAGGAUAUAUUUUUCUUUAUUUCUGAUGUUGUUCGAGCGAGGAAUGGAUACAGCGAAUUUAAAGGUUCAAUGAGUCAUAUAGAGCACUACAAUAAAACGAAUGGCAUUCAUCUUUCAUACCCUGACCAACCUCUUUUAAAAGCAAAACAGCUUUUUUGUUUGGACAAUUUACUAAGGAAAGGAGGGAAUUCAGAAUCACGUGAAAAAGAGGAGCACUUUGUUGAAUUACCUCCUGAGAUUUGUCAACUGAAGGUAGUUGGCUUUUCUAAAGAAAUUGGAAGUUCUCUGUCUUUGCUACCAUCAAUUAUUCAUCGUUUAGAAAGCUUGCUUGUGGCAAUUGAACUGAGGGACAGAUUGUCUGCUUCAUUCCCUGAGGGUACUGAAGUCACUGCUUAUCGUGUACUCGAAGCACUGACAACAGAGAAAUGCAAUGAACGAUUUUCACUUGAAAGGCUUGAAGUGCUCGGUGAUGCUUUCCUUAAAUUUGCAGUAGGCAGGCACCUCUUUCUAUUGUAUGAUGCCCUUGAUGAAGGACAGCUAACAAGAAAGCGUUCUAACAUCGUCAAUAAUUCCAAUUUAUUCAGGCUAGCAACAGUGAGCAAAUUACAGGCAUACAUUCGUGAUCAAUCAUUUGAUCCUGGCCAAUUUUUUGCCCUGGGCCGCCCUUGUUUAGUAAUAUGUAGUAAGGAAACAGAGACUUCUGUACAUUCUCCUCAAGAAAGUAGUUCAAUAAAUGGUGGAAAAGAUGAAAUUAGAUGCAAUAGAAACCAUCAUUGGUUGCAUAAGAAAACUAUUGCCGAUGUGGUUGAAGCUCUAGUUGGAGCAUUCAUAGUUGACAGUGGCUUCAAGGCAGCUAGUGCAUUUCUCAAAUGGAUUGGCAUACAAGUGGACUUUGAGGCUUCACAAGUUAGUAACAUAUGCUCGGCAAGCACAAUCUUCAAGCCACUUUCUGCUCAAAUCGACAUUACGGCCCUCGAAAAUUUGUUAGGAUAUCAAUUCCUCCAUAAAGGUUUGCUCAUACAAGCUUUUGUUCAUCCUUCGUACAACAAUCAUCUGGGAGGUUGCUAUCAGAGACUGGAGUUUCUCGGAGACGCUUUACUGGAUUAUUUAAUCACAUCAUAUCUGUAUUCGGUUUAUCCAAAACUCAAGCCUGGUCAGUUAACAGAUUUGAGAUCUUUCUCAGUAAACAAUAACUCCUUCGCUGACAUUGCCGUGCAUCGCUCCUUCCAUAAAUUUAUAAUCUGUGAUUCAAGUAGCCUUUGUGCGUCUAUGAACAAAUACGUCGACUUCAUUAGAACAACUGCUUCAGAGAAUGGUAUUGUUGAAAGGCCAAGUUGUCCAAAGGCUUUAGGUGAUCUGGUAGAGUCUUGUGUUGGCGCCAUUCUUCUUGACACAGGCUUUGACUUGAACCGUGUUUGGAAGAUAAUGCUCUCUUUUAUGGAUCCAGUCAUGAGCUUUUCCAAGUUGCAGCUUAAUCCUAUAAGGGAGCUUCAGGAACUUUGCCAGUUUCAAAAUUGGGACUUGGAGUUCCCAACAUUGAAAAAGGAUGGAUUAUUUUUAGUUGAAGUGAAAGUGGAAGGUAAAAAAGUUUGUGCAGCUGCUUGUGCUACCAACCUCAAUAGAAAAGCUGCUAGAAGAAUGGCUGCACAGCAAGUGUGUGAAAAAUUGAAGGCUGAAGGUUACAAACCCAAGUAUAAAUCAUUGGAAGAAGUUCUGAAGUCAAGCCGCAAGAUGGAAGCCAAGUUAAUUGGAUACGAUGAAGCACCAAUUGAUGUUACUGCUCCGGAUGCUAUUCCAUUCGGUAACUUGAAGUUGCAAGAAUCUUCCAGAAGUCAGUAUAACGUUAAAGUGGACCACCUUGAUGAAGAGCCUAAAAAGAUUUUCCCAGUCAGUAUCAGACCUAUAAGACCACCCCAACCUCGGCUUGAGGCACAGAAACCACAAUCGACUGCAACCAUCGAAAACAAUAGCUGCAAUUCAGACCCACUGGCAACAGGUGGCUCAUCUAAGAAAUCAGCAAGGUCAUGGUUGUAUGAAAUUUGUGCGGCUAACUGUUGGAAACCUCCAUCUUUUGAAUGUUGCAACGAGACAGGACCACAUCACUUGAAAGAAUUCACUUUCAAGGUGUCUGUGAAAAUUGAAGAAGCCUCGGAUGUGCUUACAGCUUUUGGAGCACCUCAUUCCAGAAAGAAAGACGCAGCAGAGCAUGCAGCCAAAGGGGCAAUUUGGUACCUAAAGAAUGCCGGAUAUGUGCAUGAGUAAAACAGAGGUUAAUUUCUAACCUUUCUUGAGUUAGAGUGAAAGAACCAUUUGCCCAUCCAUAUGUACGUAUAGUUAUUUACAAGCAGCUAACCAUUGACUUAACUCUCAAAUAGCAAAGACUAACUUUCUAUGGAUAUGAUAACUGUAACCAGCUGCUACUUAUGUGGCCAAUGCCCCGAAGGGAAGGCAUGGGUGAUCGAUCGCCCAUUAUCGUGUAUAUAACUGAAGUGUGUGAUGAGAUAUGAAUAUAUGUAGAAAUCGUUCAAGUCGAUUCGCAAAAAACAUCUGAGCAGAUGAUUUGAGACUCCUCGGUUGUUUGACAGAUGAUUGGAAGAAACAAGGUGGUUGUUUGCCAUGGUCUCCUACCCCAUGUAUCUCAGUAAGAUGAUCUCUCAAAUACAAGGGCAUUUUUUUUUU